UGAUAGACGUACCAGUGCGGAUUACGGUUCACCGGCGAGAAAUAACGCCGAUCGCGUAGUCCGACGAUCUACGCCGAUUCGAACGAUGCUCGUCGACCGGGUGUUCGCGUGCAUGUUUCUUGCGGUGGUGGGCCGGAUCGAGGCGGUGCCGGCCCGGAUGCAGCGUAUGACAGUCGCCAAGAUGCGAGCGGAGGACCUCGAGAGCUCCGCCAGCGGUUACGUGUACAACCAGCAACAGGGUCUUCCGGUUUACUACCUGCGUUACACCGAUCACGGAAGUGGAAGCUACUAUCGCACGCCAGACGCCGUCGCGCGUUACGUCGGCGCACCUGUUGCACAAACGCCGAUUCUGCAGCCGUACGCGGCCUUGGACAAAGGGGCGCGCCAAGAAAUUGUCACCUAUGCCGACCACCGAUUGCCCAACCACGUGCCGCUGCCUGUAGAGUCGAUGCCUCGGGCGCCAUAUUACCUGGGGAAGAUCCUGGAGCGGACCGAGAACGAGGCCGAUAAAAUGCAUCGCAGAGAAGAGGAACACGACGAGGAUGGCCACGAAGACGAGCUGAACGAUCACCGGGACGAGGACGGCGACAGCGAUGAAGACGUUCAGGAAGACUUUGAUCAUUCGUCCGAGGAGUCCGAUAUUGGCGGCGACUCUGGGGAGGGACGCGGCGAGUUUUAUGGAUCCCAUAGCGAUGAAAGCGGUGGAUCGCAUAGUCCUCGCGACGGUGGAAGCGUUUCCGAAGAUGAAAGCGGGGAGCAGUAUGCGGCCGAUGAAUACUCUGAGCAUGGCGAGGAUGGGGAUAAAGCUUAUAAGAGACAUCGUGCGUUCGGUAAAGGUGAACGUGGCGCACGCGAUCGCGAACAUCGCGAAGGACACUACAGCGAGAACGUAGAACGAGAGAAGGGACACGUUGACGAAGGGGAGGCGUAUGGCUCCAAUGAAGAAGCUGUGAAAGGAGGAGAGGGCAGCAAUUACGGACAUUCUUCGUAUCGCAAGAAGGGCGACGAGACUAAAGGAUUCCACAACGUCUACCACAAAGACGAGUACAAGAAGGAGACUGAUUUCUACGACGAGGACCAUAAGAAGGGUUAUUUCGAUAAGUUCGAGAAAUUCGAUAAAGAUUCCAAAGUAGCCGAGCACGGAUUCCAGAAGGGUGGCCAUCGCUCUUCGGGCCACGAGCAGGAAGACAGCGGCAAGGAAGGGUACUACGACAAAGGACACGAUCGUAGGCAGGAUCAAGGUCACCGGACCGAGGAAGGGGAGAAGUCGUAUCACCGGAAUCACCAGGAUUACGUUGUUGAAGAGGGUUCGAAGUCAGCCAAGGAAGACAAGUAUCGCAAAGGAUCCUACUAACGUCGAUCGUUGCUUCCAACACUUGAAGCGUUAUCGUUGCGUAUUUAUUGUAUUCUAAUUCAUGUAAUAAAAAAACAUCGCUCGAACCAGCUGGCAAACGAUCCAAUCAAUAUUGGAAACAAUACGAAAAGACUGAAGAGAACCAAGCCGCACGAAUUAAUGAUAGACUAAAAAUAUCAAAAGAAAAAGGAUACGGAUAAGCUCGGAUAAAAAAGUCAAAAAACGAGAGUUUUCUAUUUUUCUUUUGUCGGUCGAAAUAAUAACAAAAUCGAGUCGCUUAGUCCAGUUUGAAAAAAGUUAUUAUGUUUUAAAAUGUGUACGAACACUUUUAUGGGCCAUUGUAAAGGUAUUUGCUAAUCUUAUAACAAUGUGUCACACGAUCGUGACUAUGUUUCGACGGCAUUACGAUUACGCUAUUAUAAUCGCGUUAAUUCAUGAACAGCCGUAUAAAUUCAACAAACAAGGGACCGGCUAAUAUUGAUCGAGCUCUGUACUGUACAACUGCACUGUUGCCGUUAUCCACAUGACACCGAGUGGGAGUUCAGUUUAUGUUCACGAUUUAUCAAGGAAUUCACACUUACUCUCAAUAUGCAACACUAGCUGCAUAACUGAAACGAUGAGCGAGCAAACGGUACCGAUUUCCAUUACAUAACAUGAUUAUCGAGUUCCCAGCUAUUAAGGGCUCAACACCUACUUGAAUCUUGCUUGCUCAUAUUUCAUCUCGAAAUGUUCGCUUGUCAUAAAUUUCUUAAAACGCCGAUACUAUGGACACAAAGAUAGUUCAUACUUUGUAUUGAUCCUAGAAGAUACGAUUUCCAAGCAGGUGCAUUUAUGAUAUUAUAUUUUAACUAUUUCAGUGGCUAUUGUCCUGUUAGAAAAUCGAAUGAUGUAACCGUCCUAGAAAGUGUUAACGAUCCAAUCUUUUGCGUCGGCUAACGUACUGUAGCGUGUCGAAUGCAAAAACACGAAGCCACCGAGCUAUCACAAGAA